UGUCACAGGGGCGUCUCCAUGGAGAUGUUUAGUAGUGCUGAGCGGCUCUGGAACGAGUCGGAGCGCCUCGGAUGGGACGAGCGGAACCAGAGCUCGGAGGGAACCGAGCAGGACAAUGGGGAGCAUAACUACUACGCCAUGCUGUAUUCCCUGCUCAUCCUGGCCAUCGUGUUCGGGAACGUGCUGGUGUGUCUGGCCGUGGUGAGGGAGCGCUCCCUUCAGACCACCACCAACUACCUGGUGGUCAGCCUGGCCGUGGCUGACCUGCUGGUGGCGCUGCUGGUGAUGCCCUGGGCCGUGUACCUGGAGGUGGUCGGCGGUGCCUGGCUUUUCAGCCGGCUCUACUGUAACAUCUUUGUCACGCUGGAUGUGAUGAUGUGCACCGCCAGUAUCCUCAACCUGUGUGCGAUCAGCAUUGACAGGUACACAGCUGUGGUGAUGCCCGUCCUGUACAACACUACCCAUCGCUCCAAGAAGAGAGUCUCUGUGAUGAUUUCCACUGUGUGGGUCCUGGCCUUCGCUGUGUCCUGUCCCCUGCUGUUUGGCUUCAACACCACAGAUGACCCCAUGGUUUGCUCCAUCUCCAACCCCGACUUUGUGAUCUACUCCUCAGUGGUGUCCUUCUACCUGCCCUUCAUCGUCACCCUGCUGGUCUACAUCCGCAUCUACGUCUUCCUCAGGAGGAGGCGGAAGAGGAUCGCAUUCGGCCAAGCCAGCAGAAAGAUCCAGCCGGGUUCCACCCCGCCAUCUGCUGAGACCUGUCUACAAGAAGAGACUCCCAAGGCGAGGCAAGACCUGUCACCUAUAAGGAUUAAAGUGCAGACUGUAGAGCCGUUGGCUCCCUCCAAGCCCAACCUGCUCUCACGAUGUCUGUGGCGCAACCACCCGAAGACGGGACCGGUGGAGAACUCAGGGCUGCCCCCGGUGGACACGCAGAACUACUGCAGCAUCAGCCACGCCUCCUGCGGCCGCACAGAGCUGGAUCUGGAGCGGGGGGAGCGGGAGGCGGAGGAAAACCACCAGGACGAACAGGCCUCGGUCCGGAUGAGGUGCGAGGUGAAGGAUCUCUCCAAUGGGCGAACGCACACGGCACUGCGGCAGCUCCCUCACCUGCACACCAACAAUUCACGAUUCAGGAGCAUGCACGCGCGGGAGAAAAAGGCCACGCAGAUGCUGGCCAUUGUGCUUGGCGUGUUCCUCAUCUGCUGGCUGCCUUUCUUUGUGACUCACAUCCUGAAUACCCACUGCAGGACAUGCUACGUGCCUCCUGCACUUUACGGUGCUUUCACUUGGCUGGGUUACGUCAACAGCGCCCUCAACCCCAUUAUCUACACCACCUUUAACAUCGAGUUCAGACGGGCCUUCAUCAAGAUCCUCAGCUGCUGAGGAAGGAGGCAGGAGAGGAAAAUUAAAAUGGAAAUGAGGCUGCGGACUCCUGCUAGAACUCUGGCCCGGUGCGUUUUGUAAUCCACGACCACGGACUGCUCAUGGUCAAGGAAGGCAGACUCACUUAGUGCCCAACAGGAGUUAUUCAGAGGCAGCGAGGCGAUGAAUGGAAAUUAAUUGACACCGUGUCACGCAAUAAUAAAUGUAAACAAAGGAGGAUUUAUGAUUUUCUGACUCAAACAAAGACUCAAGCUUAUCUUUCUCAACAUGGCUGGGACUUCAUUUGACCAGUAUUCCUCUUUAAAUAAGACUCCGUCCCAUGCAUA